AUGGUGGGCAACAUCAAUUACACAGUGAUCUAUGUGCUAGCUAUAGUCAUAAUACUGAUCCUGGAGUCGACUGUGGAAGGAUUUUCUCCUUCAUUAUCUACCCUGCGAAAUGUUCAACACAACAGAAUUCCUCAUCUUAGAUCGACAAAUGGUGACGCUGAUGCCAAGCUUCCAGCCAAGGAAAAACGUCAACAAACGACGAGUCACGAAUCUGUUCAAGCGCGAGCUGGGCGACUUGGGGGCGGUAGCGAUGAGCUCACAACCACAUUAGAGCAUUUUGGAGAUACAGCAGCACGAAAGCGAGUGUUAAUCCUGUGCACUGGUGGAACAUUGACAAUGUCAAACGAUCCGUCACAAGGCGGCUCUUUGGCCCCAGUACAAGGAGCCCUCACCAAAUACUUGCAAAACAUGCGGGAAUUUACAGACGACCCAGAAAUGCCUGAGAUUGUCUCGCAUGAAUACACGCCGCUCAUUGACAGCUCUGACAUGGGACCUGGAGAUUGGGCCUUGAUUGCAGAAGAUAUUGCAGAAAACUACUACUACUUUGACGGAUUUGUUGUACUUAUGGGAACGGAUACGAUGGCAUAUGCUGCAUCGGCACUGUCGUUCAUGUUUCAGAAUCUUGGCAAGCCGGUUGUUUUCACAGGUUCCCAGAUCCCACUCCGAGAACCCUACAAUGAUGCCAGGAAGAACCUAAUCAUGGCAGUGAUUUUUGCUUCGAGUGAUACUGUGUCAGAAGUGACAAUUUUCUUCCACGAUCGCCUGAUACGAGCAUGUCGAGCGACAAAGGUCAACACCUCCAAAUUACUUGCCUUUGAUAGUCCUAACAUUGAGCCUUUGGCAGAGAUUGGAAUCAAUAUUGAAGAACGAGAUCAUCUGUACCUCCCACCACCAAGAGGGGCCUUCCGUGUUCGAACCGAAAUGGACACUCGUCUUAUCACACUCCGCCUCGUACCAGGCUUUGACGAUACUUGCAUCAUUCACAUGAUCAAAGCCGCCCGGGAGACGCACUUGAAAGGUCUGAUUCUUCAGCUGUAUGGAACAGGUAACAUGCCCAGUCUGAAGGACGACCUUGUGCAUGCCUUGUCCGACGCAACUGCAGCUGGAGUGUGUGUUGUAGUUACUACUCAGUGUCAUACCGGAUCAGUGCUUCUGGGUCAUUACGCCACAGGGCAAGCACUCAUUAAAGCGGGGACUGUCAGUGCUGGUGAUAUGACUUUGGAGGCAGCUACAGCUAAGUUGGCCUAUUUGCUAGGAAGAGGGGAUUUGAAGAUUGACGAAGUCCGGGAUUUGAUGGGCGUUGAUUUGCGAGGAGAACUAACACCCAAGGAUCAGAUAUCACCACCACCGUUGGCAAGCUCCUACCAGAAGGCAAUCUUCCAGAAGAACCGUAGUCGCACUUACUAG